GUUGGCAGAAUGGAGAGAUGGUACCAAGCAGAAAGCGCUGUGAAAAGUUAUUUAGUUCAAGUUGAAGCAUGUUUAAGUAAGAAGUAUUUUAGCAUCCCGUUUUAUAAAAACCCUAGACAGUUACGUUGACCGAAUCAUGGCUUCUCAAAUAAGUUUUACGUUUUGUAAGGUACUACAUUAUCGAAGGCAUUUCAGAAAUUUAAUGGCUCCAACAUACAGGCAGUCAUGUCGUGAAGCAUCCUCAAAACAUGAAGUUCUACAGAGGAUUCGCAAUAUUGGAAUAUUAGCCCACAUCGAUGCUGGGAAAACAACUACAACCGAGAGGAUGUUGUACUUUUCGGGCAAGAUAAGCAGCAUGGGGGAAGUUCAUCAUGGUACUACAGUUACGGAUUAUAUGGAGCAGGAACGCAAUAGAGGAAUUACUAUAACUUCAGCUUCAGUUUCUUUCCCCUGGAGAGAUCAUCAAAUUAAUCUGAUUGAUACACCAGGCCACAUUGACUUUACAAUGGAAGUAGAGAAUGCAUUAAAUGUCACAGAUGGAUGUGUCGUAAUUCUUGAUUCAUCAGCUGGUGUUGAAGCUCAAACUCAAACUGUAUGGCGUCAGGCUGAUAAAAAAACAAUCCCUCGUAUAGUGUAUGCAAAUAAAAUGGAUAGAUUGGAUGCAAGUAUGCCACUGUGUGUUGACACAUUACGUAAAAAACUUGGGGUUGAGAUAUUUGCUGUCCAGCUUCCCAUUAAAGACAAAAAGGAAAAGUUUUUAGGUGUUGUUGAUCUGCUUCACCUAAAAAAACAUUUAUGGAUAGAAGACUCAGGAGGAAUAGAACAGUUACAUGAAUUACCCUUGGAGGAAUCCUCAGAUGGCAAACUGUGGGAAAGUGCUGUCAAGUCCAGAGAAGAUUUAAUUGACACCUUGUCAAGUAUUGACGACAGCUUAGCUGAAGAAAUUAUUGCUAAUGACAGUUUGUCAAGCAUAUCUGCCUCUGCACUUUCCUCUGCUCUGAGAAAAGCAACUAUUUUAUGUAAAGGUGUUCCACUUUUAUGUGGUAGUUCCUACAAGAAUAAAGGUAUCCAACCUUUGAUGGAUGCGGUUGUGAGGUACCUUCCAUCUCCUCUUGAACGCUCAAAUAAAAUAUUUCAAGAAGCCUUUAAUGAUGAUCUUUGUGCCCAUGCCUUCAAAGUAAUUCACCAUAACCAAUUUGGCCCUCUAGUCUUCCUAAGAUUGUACUCUGGAGAAAUUAUCAAAAAAGACAAGGUGUUUAAUCUGCGUCUACAAAUACCAGAAAAGUGCGUGAACGUGAUGGUUGCUACUGCUGAUGACUUUGAACAAGUAGCAUCUGUGUCUGCAGGCAAUAUUGCUGUUGUUUCUGGACUGAAUGAAACCAGAGCUGGGGAUUUGGUCACUUACAGUCAGAGUACAGCUCAAAAGGCUUACAAACGACUGGCAAUAAUUAAAGGCGUUACUGAAAAUGAUGCCCAAAAUCAAUUAGGAGUUGGUGCUGUUGUACCUGAUCCUGUGUUUUUCUGUUCUGUUGAGGCUCCAUCACAGUCACAACAGGUUGCUUUGGAUAAAGCCCUGGGGAAACUUGCGCGAGAGGAUCCUAGCCUUACUGUAACAUUUAAUGAAGAAACAUCACAAAUUAUUCUAGGAGGUAUGGGAGAGCUACACUUAGACAUAAUAAAAGAACGCCUUCUGACGGAAUACAAAUUGGAUAUUUUGUUGGGUCCAAUACAAAUUGCAUAUAGAGAAGCUCUUCAAUGCCCAGAAGAAGAAACAAUAACAAUACAAGAAACCAUUGGCUCCUCUAAGCAAUUGGUUGAAAUUAAUUUGAUUAUUGAACCAAAGCUUGAUAAUAGGAAAGAUAUUCUCAGAAUGUCUUCACCAGAUUCAGAUAUACAACAGAAACUUGAUCGAAUCAAGGCUAAUAUUAAAAUCAUGCAAGCAAUCAAAACUGGAGUAAAGGAAGGCUUGAAAUAUGGUCCAAAACUGCACUGCCCUUUGAUGGCAACAGCAGUUCUUAUCCAGGACAUUAAGUUUGGAAAAGGAACAUCACCCCCAAUGAUUGCUUCAGCAACCACUCAAUGUCUUCGGAAGGCUCUUGAAAAUGCUGAUACUGUUUUAAUGGAACCUAUAAUGUACGUUGAAGUGGUUUUGAAUGAAGAACAUCAGUCUGAUGUGUCUGCAGACUUGUCUCGACGACGUGCAGACAUUUUGAAUGUUGCAGAUCGCCAUAUAAACCGAGUUAUUCAAGCUCGGGUUCCUUUAGCAGAGAUGCUUGGAUAUGCAACACAUUUAAGAUACCUAACAUCGGGAACUGCCUCUUUUAGCAUGGAAUUUCAGGAAUAUCAAGUUCUGCCAGAUGAACUAGAACUGAAGGUUAUUGAAAAGGAGACAGGAUUAAGUUACCUAUCAUAGCUUAAGAUUUAUUCCAAUUAUUAACAAUUUUAAAAUUAUUUAUUAAAAAAAUUUAAGAUGGA